AUGGCUAAAGUGAUUAAAGAAGUCUGUGCUGUUGUACGAAGUUUGAAAUCUCCUUCAAUUAGAAGUUUUGGUAGUGUACAAACAGCUCCUUUACAGCAAGCUGCUUUAGGGGAACGUUGUAUUCUUGUUGAUGCAUCAGACAAAUCCCUUGGGGAAGCUACAAAAAGGGAUUGUCAUACUGUCAAUUCAGAUGGACAAAUUCCACUUCACAGAGCUUUUAGUGUUUUCUUGUUUAAUAGUAAAGGAGAAUUAUUACUUCAGAAGCGAUCUGCCAGUAAAAUAACAUUUCCAAACCAUUAUACAAACACAUGUUGCAGUCAUCCACUAGCAGAAAUACCUGAAGAAACUGAAGAACACGAGGCAUUAGGAAUUCGUAGAGCAGCACGAAGAAGGCUAAGUUAUGAAUUAGGAAUUCCUUUGUCUCAAAUUCUGCUGACAGACUUUUUGUACUUGACAAGAAUUCAUUAUCAUGCAGUGGAUGGUCAUUGGGGUGAACAUGAAAUAGAUUAUGUACUAUUUAUGCAAAAAGAUAAUAUAACAUUGGACCCUAAUCCAGAUGAAGUUAGUGAUCUUCGUUGGGUGUCAAAGUCUGAAAUUAAUGAAUUUGUACAAAAUCUUAGUUGGCCAUUAAGUCCCUGGUUCAAAUUGAUUUUUAAGCAUAGAUUACCACUUUGGUGGGAUAAUUUACAUUCGUUAGAAAAAAUGCAAGAUCAUGAGACAAUACAAAGAUUUUUAUAA